AUGGGGCCUUCUUGCAACCGGCACAGAGUGCCGGUGGGGGGGGGGCAGUCUGCGUUCUCGGCAGGUGUUGAGGGGAGCUCGGGUGUGGAGGCGGAAGUGGCUGCUGUGUUGAUGGGCGUCAUCCUGGCUAAACAACAUGGUAGUAAGAUCUGGAUAGAGAUAGAUGCAGAGGUGGUGGUUCGAUGGUUGUCCACAAAUCACUUGGGUUCGGCUGAGGUUUGUGCUGAACUUGCUAAAGUAAGGCGAGAGCUGGAGGGGGUUACUUGGAAAGUGUCUCAUAUUUUUAGAGAAGGAAAUAAAGCUGCGGACUUCCUUGCGGGUAUUGGCUUGCAAACAGGGAUAACGAACUUCUACACAAAAGGGUCGUGUCCUGCUCGUGUGAAGGCGCUGUGUAGGCUGGAUCAGAUAGGGCUGCCAAACUUCCGGUUUUGA